UAACUUUGAAUAACUUUCUUCGUAAACACAAAUUAUAAUGUCAAAUUGCAAGCUUCUCGUGAUCGGCGGUAUGAUAAUUUUGUCUUAUAAUUAUUUCAAAAUUAUUUUUCCGUGAUGGGUUUAAACGUGUAUAAUGGAGGCCAAAAUACAGAAGCAAAUCAUUGACUACUUUUCAUUCUUUGAAGAAUUCCAUAACUCAUCGAAAACGUGUUUGAAAAAUUGCCAAAACUGCGCAGUAGCUAUUAAUAAGCUGAUUGUACGUUGUAGGAAGAUAAAGGAAGCUGAAUUAACGGGCACGCCUUUAGAAGAAUUCAACGGAAUACAGAGUAAAUUAACGACAUCUCUACAUAACCUUAUAUCUCAAGAAAUCAUUGAAAUUAAAAACGAAUUAUCUAAACUAGAAGAACUGUUCAAUAAACUCUGCAUCAAGAGUAGAACAUUGCAAGAAAGCUGCCGGGAGAUUGAUUUUGAGGUUCAAACUCCGCUUGUAAAGGGCACUCCUCUUCAGCCUCCUUUAAAACAACUUUUAGAAUUCGUAGAUGACACUGUCACGUUUGGAUGUGAGGUUUAUGCCCAAAUAGAUACAUCACUUAAUGUUUUAAGCUUCAAAGGUUUGGAAGCAGACUCACAGUUCGAUAAUUUCAGAGUUUCACAAUCUUGGCAGAGAAAAAUACCUGAAAUUCUUGCAUACACAUCUUUCUGUGCGGAGAAUCAAAUAUAGUGAAUACAUAAACUUUAUUUUGUUACGCUUCUGUCACACUCUUCCUUCUUGUAGUCUAAAUACUCAAAACACAAUGGAUUUCCUAGAUUCAAUCCUUAACUCAAUGCAAGGACCGCCUUCAGCCAGCGAGGCCCAGAAAAAUGCCAUGAAAAAACAAAAGGAGGCUCUAGAACGUAAACAGAAACAAGAAAGGGACAUGAUAAACAAGUUCAGAAAGCGCGUUGAAGAGAAAAUUAGCAAUUUUAUCAAAGAUGGCAAUACACCUUACUUGCAAUUUGAACCUAUGGACCAAAUGUACCGUUCCAUAAUAAGGGAUGUAGCGGAAACUGCUGGUGUUCAAGUGUUUUCAUUCGGUCAAGAUGGUAUUGACCGAUAUUCAAUAGUUUAUCUUAAAGAUAAAGGGCCUUCAGAAGAUGAGUUAACAGUGCGCAGAGCUGGAUGCGCUUGGAACGACGCGAAAGCAGCCGAAAUGGCUGAAAAUAAAGUUGAAAAGGCAAAGCAAGCUGCUUUAGAAAGUGAAGAAGACAAAAACAGGAAAAGGAAGCGUGGUAAAGAAGAGCUUAGUGGUACAUUCUACAAACAAAAAUAUGCACAUUUGAUAGGUCAAGAGGCAGCAAUAGAUGCGGCACAGAAAACCAAUAUGAACAAGAGCUAUGGAGAGGUACCAAGCGCAAAUAAAAAGGACCAGCGUUCCAUAGAACAGACAAUGGCAGACAUCAAAGCGAAGAAAAUGAAAAAAGCGGAGACUGACAAAGGGAACCCUGAGGACGUCCAGACCUAGUGUUUAGUGUAGAUAGCUAAUUAAUAUUCAGCUUAUGUAGUGUAAUUAAAGGACUUUGUGCCGGUUAGCACCGGAGUUUGAUUAAUUACGAGUUGAAGAUGUUGACUACCUUACAUAGGUAGAGUGGUGAGUGAGUUUGAUUCUGGUAUUACACUGUAUUUAUCUACAUAAUGUUUUCACACUAUUACAACCUCCGAAGUGAGUGAAUGGCGAAUUAUAUCGAGGACUUCGACCAAUAGCCGGUCGACGUCUAUCUACGUCGAUAGCAUUUGCUGUGUUUAUUGGUCGAAGCCCUCGUCCAGCUGAUUGCCACGCUACUCUACUGCAGAUUGGUGGAGUUGUUUGAGCUGUGGACUAUCUAGUCCAUUUGCCAUUGUUUUUAAGCCACCACGCCAAUUGGAAGUUGAUAGUAUCUUAGGUUGCAUUUCCAUUAACGCGGAGCUAUGCAGAGAUAAGCGGAGAUGUGCAGGAAUCGACCAAUCACCGUUAGGGUGAGAGUGACAGAGCGUCUUCGUUUUUCGCUCUCUAUCUCCGCUCUUCUCCGCCCAUCUCCGCGUCAGUGGAAACCCGAUCUUAUCCCUAGCUCUGCAUACAAAAAUCUGAUUACUAUAUGCCGCCUACAGUGCGAGUGAGUUAACGCGCGUUCUACUUCCUUACUUCUUAAUGGUUUACGGCUAUUUAAGACUAGUAAAACCCAGAGGGGGUGAGGUUGGGGCCCAAUACGAAUUAGUGCGGGGGGAAAGUUACCGUUCUGUAUGUAGUCAUCAUCAUCAUUAGCCCAUUAACGUCCCCACUGCUGGGGCACGGGCCUUCCCUAUGGAUGGAUAGGGAGAUCGGGCCUUAAACCAUCACGCGGGCCCAGUGCGGAUUGAUGGUUAUUAACGACUGCUAAUGCAGCCGGGACCAACGGCUUAACGUGCCUUCCGAAGCACGGAGGAGCUCGAGAUGAAAACUUUUUUGUGGUCACCCAUCCUAUGACCGGCCUUUGCGAAAGUUGCUUAACUUCGACAAUCGCAGACCGAGCGCGUUUACCGCUGCGCCACCGAGCUCCUCAAGCUCCGAGCUGUAUGUAGUACCUUAUUUAUUCUAUUUUAUGGUGUGAAAUUAUUUAUGUACCGAAUAAGUGAAAAUACAAGAGUGAAGCCCAUUUAACCAAUUUUAAGUAUAAAUAAGUUUAUCAUUUACUUAAUUUAGUUAUUAAAUAUUGUGUUCCCUAUAAGUAAGACUGGUUCUUUAUAAACCUAAGAAAAUUAUGUUUAUCUUAUAAUGAAGUUUCUGUUUAUUUCAUGUUAACAAUGUUAAUAGGCAUUUUGUUGAAGGCGAUUAUCAAAUAUGACAAAUCUAAAAUAAGAAACAAAUGGGAAUCAUUUGUCCUGUUCAGGGCGCGGGCGUUGCAAUUCGAAUUUCGAAGUUAUUUUCGAAUUCAUGUUUGGAUCUUAAAUGAUUACGUGCGCAGCGGUGAAGGAAAACAUCGUGAGCAAACUCCGCAGUAUGUAACCUAACCUGUAUUGGGCUGGAAUUCCCAUCGUGUUGGAAGGUCAGACAGGCAGUCGUGUUCCGUAAAAAUCUGGACCUGUCAAAUCUUCAGGUUGGGUAAGGAGACGCUGUGAAAAACGGGAUGACUUAUUACAUAGUUAUCCAUUAUCCUUCCUGCCCUUAUCUCGUGGAGUAGGCACACACAACAUGUAUUCUUUUUUAUGGCAAAAUAACCCAUAACCAUAUCCCGAUACAAAAAUCUCAUUCCGAAACCGACAGGCCGCUCGGGCUCCAAUUUUCCUUAACGUUUAACGGCCAUUCAUACUAAAGUAAAACCCAGAGGGGGUGAAGUCGGCUCCCGAGUUGGUACGGGGCGGAGUGUGACCGCUCUAACGUAUUAUUCUUUAUAUUGUACGGUCACGAGUACUAAUAUGUAUACACUUCGAUACCAUGUCACAUUAACUUUUUUGACAAAUUAAACCAUAAGUCUCAUUAAAUGUUAAAUAUCAUAGUGCGACAGGGUUCUAAAGUGGGUACAUGUUAUUGCUCAUGACUGUACGCCACCACGAAAACUGUUUCUAAACUAUUGGAAUAGGCACCUCGCGCCCGCUUUCUUGGCCAAUGUGAUGCCAAAAUGCAGCCCUUUUCCCAAAUGAUAAAACCCGUUUUAAUUUGGGAGUCUCCAAAAACAACGAAUGUAGAAAUAAUUAUUUCAAUAUUAAAUGUAAUUCCUAUUGAACAGAUCGCUAGUACCUAUAUCAAAAUGUUUGAUUGUCAAUACGUAUUGUUUGGUACAAAAAAUAAACUUUAUAAAUACCUA